GUUUUAAACGCACGCUAAAUUUCUAUUCGUACACCUUCGCCUUUAUUUCGCCUUUAAUGCCCGUUUACGUGUCCCGGUGGUUUUGUUCGUUGCUUCGCUCCCCGUCCCUUCCUUUUUUACAUUUCUCCGCCUUCCACCCCCAUUUGUUCGUCGAAAUGCCUGAGCCAUGCUCUCUUCCACCACCGCCGCGAACCACCUGAUCCUCCCGCCCUCCUCCUCCCCAGUUGUCGUCCCUCGCGCCUUUCCCUCGAUUCUUUUCAUCGGUAAUUCAAGAGCAAUAACCCGGCGGCUGCGGGGUCAUCACCCGAUGACCGGCUGUUCUUUGAUUCUAGGGUUUUCAGAGUCGAGACAAGGGUACAAUUACAACGGGUUGUAUUGUGGGUUUUCUGGGUUUGCGAGGCGGUGUAAAGAUUGGGAUGGCGAGGGGGAUGAUUUCACCUUGGAAGCUGAGAUUCUGGAGUUCAUGAAGAGCUCCAAGAAGCCCCAGGCGUUUCCGAGCAAGAAGGAGCUGUUGGAAGCUGGGAGAGAAGAUUUGGUCGAUGCAAUUACGAAGAAAGGCGGUUGGCUUUCGUUGGGUUGGGAUUUGGAAGAAGAAGAUAGAGCUCAAGAACGCAACUUUAGGAAUUGGGAUUCCACAUUGGCAUUCGACAGCGGUGCCUCCAGCGGCAAUCAAACUGGGGUUUCCGGCGUGGGUUCUUCGAUUCUUGGUGAUUCUUCUCAAGCAGCAUCGUCCUCUGGUCGAUCACUAGAAGCCGCUACAACAGAGGACGAUACUGGAAUUGCGGGUAUAUUGAAUCGAUUGGAGAAACAGAGAAAUUUGACGCUUGGUUUUACUUUGAGAGAGAAAGAAGACUCAGCUGAUGAUUUGCUGGCCUUGACAAGCAGUGGACCUGCAUCAGUAAACCCCACCAAAGCCAUUCUUAACGAUUCAAGAGACAGGUCUAACCACAACAGAUCUCUUUCAAACAUUGAUGUGCUAAGAGACUCACCCAGACCUGACAUGUGGAGAACUUGGAGCACCCAGAGGGCUGGAGUUUCGGAUCUGGAUUUUGAAGCUGAUGAAUUUUCUUGUGAUAAAACGGAAGUGUCAGAGGAUGUUUCAAGAGAUCGCAUAUUUCAACUAAGAGCAGGAGCUAAUGAACCCGAUCGAAGGAUUGAACUGGAUUCUAAUCAGAAAGGGAUCAAUCACGAGCAAAUACGUGGUCACAUCAAGCACCUUGAAUCAGAGCUCAUCUCUGCACUUCGCUUGUUGAGGUCUAAAACUGAUGAAGCUGCAUCACAGGAGGGUCAUGAAAGCAACUCUGCAGAUUUGCAGAACCUUGCUGAUGCUUGGGAGUUUCAGGAAAAUGAGAUUAUGCAUGCCCGGGACAAAUUGCGUUCAACACGUGCAAAGAUAGCUGUUUUAGAAGGAAAGGUGGCAAUGGCAAUAAUCGAAGCGCAAAAGAUUGUGGAGGAGAAACAGAAGCGGAUUGGUGAUGCUCGCAAGGCCUUACGACUUCUUCGGACUGCUUGCAUUGUUUGGCCAAAUUCAGCCUCAGAAGUGCUCAUUGCUGGAUCAUAUGAUGGUUGGACCACCCAGAGAAAGAUGGAGAAGUCGAGACCAGGAGUCUUCUCUUUGUGCCUUCAAUUGUAUCCCGGCAGAUACGAGAUUAAGUUCAUUGCCGAUGGUGAAUGGCGGGUUGAUCCCCUACGCCCAAUUGUUCGCAACAACGGGUAUGAAAACAACGUCCUGAUCAUAACAUAACACAUACAACUGAAGUCCCCUACAAGCAUACGAAGGUAUUCAUCGAGCACAGACAGCAAUUCUUCCCCAGAUUCUUGAACAUAUAGGGUGUAGAUAUUAACUAAUGUGAUUCUUUUAUGUCAUGAUUCAUAUGUAACAUCACCGUUGGCGUCUUUUCUUCUAAUCUUCUUCAUGUAAAACCCGAAUUUUCAAAUUGUGACAAGUAACUCAAUGGGAAAAUUUCCGGAAAACUGUCACUUUUCUA